AUGGCAAGUGUGAAGUGUAUGGUUUCACUGAGGCAUCAAGUUACAAUGCUGGUCCUGUUGGUAGUGGCACUGGGGACAGAGAUGGAAUUGGGUGAGGCACAGAGUAGCUGCUCAAACCAGCUGAGCAACCUGAACGUAUGUGCACCGUUUGUGGUACCAGGUGCACCCAACACAAACCCAAGUGCUGAGUGCUGUGGUGCACUUGGUGCCUUGAACCAUGACUGCCUCUGCAACACCCUCAGGAUCGCUGCUCAACUUCCUUCUGAGUGCCAACUCCCAUCCCUCCGUUGCGGUAAUCAUAUACACUAA